AUAUUUUUGAGGCAAAAAACGGAAACAAAAACGUCUAAAUAACAAAAGUGACAUUUUCUUCAACACACAAAAGAGGAUUUUCUUUGAACAUCAAACAAAAGGAAAGGAAAAUUCCAAGUGACAAAAACUAAGAAAAGACAAGAUACUAAUUUUGUAUAAAAAUCAAUUUCCAUAAGCAAUUCCGCAGCAACUUCUUUGAAAACUUUGGUGAAAACAGCCAUAAAGAACUGAAAAAUUUAAAACAAUUUCAACUUCCCAUUACAUGUAUCCAAAAUGUAGUUUUCCCCAAAAACCAAACAUCCUAUCCCUAUGAAGCUUUAUAAUCAUAAAAGUGCUCUUGAGCACCUCAAAUCUUCAUAUAUUCAAAUUGCUUAGCAAAAUUUUACAUAUUGUGUGCCAAAAAAUAUAGAAAAUGCGAACUUGAAAAAAAGUAUCAAAAUAAAUACAACAUUAUAAAAAAAAAAUCUACGCUUUGUUUCAUAACACAUCGUCUAAACUCCUCAUCGAUAUAUCUACAAAUAAAAAGUGAAAAAAAAAAUUCUAAAAAAAAAAACGAAAAAAAAAAUUCUCAACGGCAGCCAUGGAUCCCAAAAUCUUGUCAAACACCAAAAACUGUUGUGCGCUUUUUUUAUAUGCAUUGAAUUGAAUGAAGCUUUAGAAAAUAAAAACAACAAAAAAAGAAAAUCCAAAAAAAAAAAACAAAAAUAUAAGAAAAAAAAACAAAACCCCCAAAAGCAUACAGAAAAUACAAAAUGUGACAAUAAAUGAAUGUAAACAACUGCAACAACCACAACAACAACAAGGAAAAGAAGCCCGAGCAACAGCUACUAAUAGAACAACUAAAAACAACAACAACAACAUCAACAUACAUAACAACUACUACUUCAACGCACAAUAAAAUGUUACCCAUGAAGCUGCAUCAAAAUGUAUUGCGAAGCAUAAAUUUCCCCCCAAAACCAAUCUUAGCUCAGUAUCUCUAGAUGUUGCUGUGUGUGUGUGUGUAUAAAACAUUUAUGUCUCAUUUGCAAGUCGUAUAUGUACCAUUUUUUUAGAUUUUUUUCCAAAAUUUACCAAAAACAAAAACCAACACCAAUCACGUCAAUAGUCAUCACCUAUCCCGUUACACAUCUUUAAACGAACUUCCAAGCACCCUAAUUUUGCACCACACUCAAACCAAAAAAAAAAGAAAACAAUUUAGUAAUUCACCACUAGCAAAAAAAAAUACAGCAACUCACCACAAAAGAAAAAAAAUCACCAUAGACUUGCCACGUAUAAACAGUGUUUUGUGUAAGAAAAAUAAAAAAAAAACUCACCUCUAUUCACCACCUACAACACCAAAGUCACCACUGCAAAAAGAAGAUUUUCGCCUGGGAAUUUUGUUUUCCUUAUUUACCAAGUCAAUACCACCAAUCACUUCUAGCAAAGUAGUUUAUUUUUUAAAAACGCCACCAAGCACCCAAUAAUCACUUGAAGAAAAUAAAAAAAAACCAAAGGCAAACUCCUAUCCACCACCACCACCACUAAUUCCACCAUCAAGACCACCAACGCCACUGGCUUUGACCAAACCUCAAUUUAAAACAAAAAAAAAACACAAACAAUAUAGAGCCUCGUGCACCAGCAACACCGCCCUCCCCCCACACCAUCUCUACAAACAAAACAAUUUACGGCAGUGCCACCCAUAACAGCCAAAACCUCCAGUCUCCAAUCCAACAUCACCAUAAUUGCCAAUACCACCAACUCCACCACCACCACGUCGUCUACCUUGACUUUCCCAAUUUAUUUCAUUGCAUCAUACAGAAAACGGCCGCACAAUUGCACACAAUUACUAUCACAGAUAUCCACAGCGCUAUUACUACCGCAUGGAGCGUGGCACCGGCGGUGGUGGUCAACAACAGCAGCAUCAUCAUCAGCAGCAGCAGCCACAAUAUCAGCAGCACCAGGCCUACUACCACCACGUACCGGCACAGCACCACACAUUUAUGACCGCCGCCUCGGAUGAGCACAUUGGCAAGUCGUCCUUUGACAAUCCGGCCACCAAAAAGAAACCACCCAAAUUGAAGGCCAUCAAUCGCAGCAUAUCCAUGGCCAUCGAUAACUAUGAUGCCGUGCCGCCAGGCUCUGGCCUGGUGGACGACUCGUCACUGAUUGUGGAACAGCCCAUCAUACAUCGCGCUGCCUCGCCGGUUGCCAUACGCUCGGCUCCACCACCGCAAACAUUGGCCCUGCCCUCGUCCUCGUCGCAUGGAGGUUUUGGCGGUAGUGGGGCGGUAUCACCAGCACUGUCUUCUUCGCGCAAGCAAUUGCACCACCUGCACAGCUUCCAGCAGAUGGCCACCCAGGCACGUCAGUUUAGUCAGCAGGCCUCGCACUCGAGUUCAACCAGCUCGCCCAUAGGUCAGGCGGUCAGUCCGAUACUGGGGGGCAGCAGUGGUAGAAUUGGUGGCGGCGGUGGUGUUGGUGGUGAUGGCUACCCAUCCACCGCUUCACAGCAUGCUUACCGCCACUCCUCCCAACAUCAGCCUGACAUUUAUUUGGUUAGCAGUAGUAGUCUGGUGGACGAUGUGGGGCGUGGUGGCCUAGGCGGCGGUCCGGCCUCCGCCUCGCCCAUUCAGUUCAUCGAUGACUAUAUGUUGCCGCCCUCACAUCGUCAGCAGCAACAGCAGCAGCUGCAACAGCAACAGCAUGCCACACAUCCUUUGAAAAAAUCACAAUUUCGUCGUUCUGACACUAUCGAUAUACAUCCGGCUUCUACUUUUCAGAUGAAAAAGACGCAUUCGUUUCAUGCGCCGCACGACCAGGACCCGGCCCUCAUGGACCCCUUGCUAUUGACUGCUCCCGCACAGCCCUCCUCCUCGGCGUCCUCGUCACGACGCACCAGCUCGGUGAGGGGCAACUUCCUAAUGCCUGGUCAUGCGGCCACCAAGGAAUUGAGUCGUUCACCCUCGCCCAGUAGGCGGGGCGCCAAGUCCCAUCGCUCACUGCACGAUCCGCAGCGGAGGCCCAGUGCCAAGCCCGAGUCGGUGGUGGAUUCGCAAAUACGGCAUCCAUCACUCAACGAUGAUCUGCUGGAUCCCGUGGAUGUCAGAUCAUCCGGCCUACUCGCCCCCACCAAUCUCUCGCUGGAAAACGAGCUCUUUUUGGAAUCACGCUCACGCAGUAACAGCCACAACAAGAUGGAGGAUGUCGGCCUCGCCGAUCGCAUAUCCAUGAGAAAGACCUCGGGCUCCUUCGAAGAUCCCAGCAGUGUGCAUCCGGUGUCGAUCUCGGCCGCCACAAGUUCGCUGAAAAAACGAGAUCACUCCCAUUCCGCAAGGCAACACAGUACGCACAGUCUAGAGUUAGAUGGGCGACCAUCCACAUCAGCAGCAGCAGCAGCCGCGGCGGCCGCCGCCGCAGCCGCUGGUGGUGGCGGUGCCCAUUCCUCUUUGCAUUUACACAGUGCCGCUGCUGCCGCAACAGCGGCAUACCACUUCAAGCGAGGCACCCAGCAUGGCCGCUCUCUCUAUUUAUCUCCCAACAAUCUGGAAGAAGUACAAGUCCAUCAUCGUCCAGCAGUGCUGGCGGCAGCGGCAGCCUUUGGCGGCACCAAUGCCAGUGCUGCGAGUAGCAUAAAACAGGCCAAAGCCUUGCACAGUGCCAGCAUGCGCUUGCGCACAUAUCGUGAAACAUUGAGUGCCACGAAAAAAUCGAAAAGCUUUAUUGGCGACAGUACCUACCCACCACCCCUUGUAAGUGUCUCUAAUGAAUUUGUGGCACUGACCUCACCCCACCGACGCAACAGUGGUCGAGCUUUGGCCAGCGCCACUACCUCAGGCGGAGCCACCACCAUCGAUGACAUCAAGCGUAGUCCUAGGCCCGUGUCGUUGGGCGCCAGCUCCUCGCCCGCGGGGACAGUGACGACGGCCUUCAUGGAGGAGAAAAGACCCUCGUUCGAGCGCAAAACCUCAAUGAGCUAUGAACUGGGCGAUGCAGCUUUCGAGCAGGUGCUAAGGCCGUUUCAUCACAAGGCUGCAGCUGGCAUUGGAACACAUGAGACCGCUGACGAUGAGGAGGCCGACCGCAAACGUAAACGCAUCGUCUGCAUUGUGAUGACCGUGUUCUUGUGUUUGGUGUGUGCCGCCGUAUUUGUGGUCAUAAUGACGCUGACACAUUCAUCAGGCCAAUCGCAUUAUACACCCCAUGGCCAUAUAGGCAAGAAGAUCAAUACCUAUAAUCGUGAUGUGCCAGUGCAUUAUAACGUUCGCCAGGAAAAUGAACGUUUAAUGAAGGAAACCAUGGAUCGGGCUCGUUUUGGUAAAAACUAUACAGAGACAGCUUCUUCCCUAUUGGCAGCCACUACCUCAUCUUUGGCUUCAGCAGCUGCUGCCGCAGCAGCAGCGGUGGCAGAAGCAGGUGGUGUAGGCGUUGGUGUGGGAGGCCCAAUAGAAGCAGCCUAUGCCCAGCCCUUACAGCAACAGGCAGAGCCAGUGUUAAUGCUGCCUCAGCAACAUCAUAUGCCUCAUCUGCAGCAAAUUCCAUAACAAAUGAAACAAUUAUAGUUGAAAUCUGUAUCGGCAUCUGUAAUGCAACAAACGAGUAGAACUGCAAUAACAACAACAACAUUUUCCCGUACUAAUGACAACAUGGUGAAAUAACAUUGGGUUAAAUAAAAAAUAAUAAAAAAAAAAAAAAAAAUAA